UCUCAGUCAUUUCAUAAAGACAGCAGAGUCUGAUGUGGCUUUGUAAGAGUAAAGGAGGGGUGGAGGGAGGUCCGGUGAAGAAUCUCAAAGAGACGUUACAAAGCGUUGAUGAAUCACCGACUGUGAACUUAAGGGAGUCCAAGGGAGUAAAGCAGCAGCAUCCCAGGCAUCCCUUGCCAUACUUUUGGAUCAUAUAAAGAGACACUGGCCAGAGAAAGAAAUGAUAAAGUUUUUCCUCAUGGUGAACAAACAAGGGCAGACUCGACUCUCUAAGUACUAUGAACAUGUGGAGAUUAACAAACGUACACUUCUAGAAACAGAGGUCAUAAAGAGCUGUCUCUCUCGAUCCAAUGAACAGUGCUCGUUCAUUGAAUAUAAGGAUUUCAAGCUGAUCUAUCGCCAGUAUGCAGCUCUCUUCAUUGUGGUUGCAGUUAAUGACACUGAGAAUGAGAUGGCUAUUUAUGAAUUCAUCCAUAAUUUUGUAGAAGUUUUAGAUGAGUACUUCAGCAGAGUGAGUGAACUGGAUAUAAUGUUUAAUUUGGAUAAAGUACACCUCAUUUUGGAUGAGAUGGUAUUGAACGGCUGCAUUGUGGAAACUAACCGGGCAAGAAUUCUUGCCCCUCUACUGAUUCUUGAUAAGAUGUCAGAAAACUGAAUGGAAGCUUCUGCCAGACAACACAGAUUUGUAAGAAAUGUGAAUGUCAUGGAAUCUAUAGUUCAAAACAAUUGGAAAACAGGACAUCCUUUGAAGUAUAAUUAGGUAUUUCCCAUAGUUGCUUAACAGAAAAUAAACUGCAUUUUAAAAUUUG